AGAAACGGCAUCUCCCACAACAUGGAAAGACAUAAUCUCACACAUGUCUUAGAGUUCCAUCUCAUGAGCUUCUCAGAGGACCCAGACCUGCAGCCCAUCCUCUUUGGACUGUUCCUGUCCAUGUACCUGGUCACAGUGCUCGGGAACCUGCUCAUCAUCCUGGCCAUCAGCUCUGACUCCCACCUCCACACCCCCAUGUACUUCUUCCUCUCCAACCUGUCCUUGGCUGACAUCGGUUUCACUUCCUCUACAGUCCCGAGGAUGAUUGUGGGCAUCUCAACUCAAAGCAGGGUCAUCUCCUAUGGGGCCUGCCUCACACAGAUGUCACUUUUUAUCCUUUUUGCAUGUACGGACAGCAUACUUCUGACAGUGAUGGCCUAUGACCGCUUUGUGGCCAUCUGCCACCCCCUCCACUAUGCAGUUAUCAUGAACCCUCGCCGCUGUAAAUUAUUACUUUUGCUGUCAGUCUUUGCUAGCCUUGUGGAUUCCCAGGUACACAAUUUAACUACCUUACAAUUUACCUGUUUCAAAGAAGUGGAAAUUGCUAGUUUCUUUUGUGACCCUCCUCAAAUCUUUGACCUUUCAUGUUCUGAUUCCUUAAUCAAAAACAUAGUCACAUAUGUGGUUGGAAUCCUCCUUGGUUUCUUUCCCCUGUCAGGGAUCAUUUUCUCCUACUAUAAAAUUGUUUCUGCCCUUCUAAAAAUCCCCUUAUCUGGGGGGAGGUACAAAGCCUUUUCUACCUGUGGUUCUCACCUGUCAGUUGUUUGCUUAUUUUAUGGAACAGGCAUUGGAACGUAUCUUGGUUCAAUUGUAUCAUAUUCUCCCAGAAAGGGCAUGGUGGCCUCACUGAUGUACACUGUGGUCACCCCGAUGCUGAAUCCCUUCAUCUACAGCCUGAGGAACAAGGACAUCAGUAGCACCAUGAAGAGGCUCCACCAUUGGAAAAUCUAA